AGGCUUCUGGGUAGGGAUGUGAGUGAUCAUGAUUCCUCGUGGCCUCAAAUCAUGGGGGUACAGGCUGCUGGCCAGGGGCAGUUGUUGGCCUUCACCUGAGCCUCGGUUCUUCAUCUACAAAAUGGAGUUGCUCCUGUCUACCUGGCAGGGUGGCUUGAGGCAGACAGAUGCCGGGUGCAAAGUGCUGCUGCACUGCCUGGCUGGGCACAGUCCCUGUGGUGAUGGAGGUGUGGAAGUGAUGGUGAUGGUUGGUGGUGGUGGUGAUAGAGGUGAUGGUGGUGAAGGUGAUGGUGGCGAUGAUGGUCAUGGAGAUGGUGAAGGGGAGGUGAUGGUGGUGGUGGAGGUGCUGGUGAUGAUGGUGGUCAUGGAGGUGGUGGAGGUGAUGGUGGUGGUGGAGGGGAUGGUGGUGAUGAUGAUGGUUGUGGAGGUGAUGGUGGUGAUGGUGAUUGUGGUGGAGGUGAUGGUGGUGAUGGUGAUGGUUGUGGAGGUGAUGGUGGAGGUAAUGGAGGUGAUGGUGGUGGUGGUGGGUGGUGGAAGAGAUGGUGGUGACGGUGGUGGUGGUGGUGGAGGUGACAGUGGUGAUGCUGGUGGUGGAGGUGGUGGAGGUACUGGAGGUGAUGGUGGUGGUGGAGGUGAUAGUGGUGAAGGUGAUGGAGGUGGUGGAGGUUAUGGAGAUAAUGGUGGUGGUGGAGGUGAUGGAUAUUUGAACAUGCCUGACCUAAGAAAAGUUCAUUUUCAUUUUUGGCUGGGCACUGUGGCUGAUGCCUAUAACCCCAACUCUUUAGGAAGCCUAGGUGGAAGGGUGGCUUGAACCCAGGAGGUCAGGGCUGCAGUGAGCUAUGACUGUGCCACUGCAGUCCAACCCAGGUGACGGAGCGAGACCCUGUCUCUUAAAAUAUUUUUUUACAGUGCAUUUUCAUGUGUUUCAACCUCCUAGUGUCCCUGCCAAAAAUAUUUUAAUCUGAAUCAAAUCAUGGGGAAAUUACGAGAUAAAUCAAGUCAAAAGACAGUUUGCAAAACAGUUGGCCUGAACUUUUCAAAACUGUCAACAUGUUCAAAGAAAAAAGAAAAAAAUGACCAGGGAACUCUUCUAGAAAAGAGAUGUGACAAGUAAAUGCGGAAAAGAGAUGUAAUAAGUAAGUACAGCAUGUGUCCCAGGAGGAUCUAGGAUCCAGUCAGAACAGGAGCUGGAGCACGAGAGGAACACGGGGAUGGAGACCACUUCCUGGGAGCAGUGUCCUCCUUGCCACAUUGCACGUCCUGAGUGGGAAACCUGCACUAGAGUUGCACGGAGAAGGGCUAGGGUCUUAGGAGACCCUGCCCAGGUAUGUAGUGGCAAGGCACCAAGAUGCCUGCAACUUACUUUCCAAUGGUUUGGGAGAGAAAAUGCUCAUUUAUGCAGAGAGUCCGAAGAGCGAGCACAGAGGAGAGAGGAAGAGUGAAAGCAGCUGUGUGAAGCGUGAACAGCACAGGACUGGAGUUGAAUGAAUGUGGGUGGUGGUGUGCUAUUCUUGCGAAGUUUUUGAAAGUUCAAAAAUGUUCAAAGUAUAAUAGAGAUAAAUCCUUUCAGAAUAAAAAGCCAGUUGUGCAGUAGGAGGACCAGUAGUGGCCCCUGGUUGGGUCUCUGAUUCUAGAAAACCAACCUGGGCUGCUGUGACCGGCCACUAGCACGGCUCACUGUUGAUGAAGGCUGGGGAGAGCUCUGGUGUUCGCGGAGUCCCG